GAUUCAUUACAUUUUACUCCGUAUCUUGUAAAGAAGAAUAGACUUUCAAAUUCAAAAAAUGAACAAAAAAUCGAUGUCAUUAAGCCUCUUGUAAAGAAGAAUAGACUUAUAAAUUCAAAAAAUGAACAAAAAAUCGAUGUCAUUAAAUCUCUUAGAGAUAAAAAUAAGGGUUUAGAGAAUGCAAUUAAGAAGCUAAAAAAUUCAAAAAAUGAACAAAAAAUCGAUGUCAUUAAAUCUCUUAGAGAUACAAAUAAGAGUUUAGAGAAUGAAAUUAAGAAGCUGAAAAAUUCAAAAAAUGAACAAAAAAUUGAUGUCAUUAAAUCUCUUAGAGAUAAAAAUAAGGGUUUAGAGAAUGAAAUUAAGAAGUUGAAAAAUGAAGUUAAGCGUUUACAUAAAGAAAUUACGAAAAAUCAAAAGAAAAGUUUACUAUCUUACGGCGUUUCAAACGUAAAAAUUAGAAAGGAAUUCGAAAACGAAAUUAGUAAGAUAUUGAAGAACAAAGGAAUUCCUUGUAAUGUUGUCAGUGGAAGUGGAGACAAUGGAAUUGAUAUUUUUGCUUCUUAUAAGGGUAAACUUAUUUUAAUUCAAUGUAAAUGUCAAGAAUCUCCAUUAGGCUCAGAUGUCAUUGUUAAAAUGCAUUCUUCAGUUACAAGGUUCGAUGGGAGCUAUGGUAUAAUUGUUUAUGAUAGUAGGAAAUUAGUUAAUAAUGAUAGUUCUUUAACAGUGAAUGCAUCAUGUUAUUUAAAAGGUUCUAAUAGCAAUGAUCUUAUCGAAUCAUUAAAAAAGCUUCCUAAAUUAUUAUACCUCGAUCUUUCUGGUACUAAAGGUUUAAAGUGUAUUCAUAUUAUUCGUUUACUUUCACCCAACAUUAAACUUAAAGAGUUAAAUAUUAGCAAUU